GGGACGGGGCCGCAUCCAGGUCCAGGGUUCAUAAACAGAUACUCGUCUCGCAGCAUCGCUGGUUGACGGCGUCCCCUUCAUGUUCAUUCGAUGCCUUCUUCCCUGCUACCCAUGAUCCUUUCCCCCUUCUCUCUCAUUCAGUCCACGAUCGACUUUGCCAAAUUACAUCCCCUCAGGGCCAUUGUUGCAGCCGACCGUCCACCAGCUGAGAAGCCUUUGUCCCACCCGAAAUAAAAGCGGAUAGGUCUCACGACAAGGUCUCAUUCGGCACCGGUGCAGUCGCGCCAUCGAGGAUCGCUGUCUUUGUCUUCCUUGCGAGAUAUAUAUCUCGGUCCUUCUCCGGACACUCUCACGCACACGUCAGAUUCUUCACCUCAAGACGGACACUCGUCUCAUUUUUUGGCCUCAAGUUCUCGUCCCGUCUAUCUUCCUCGCCGUGCGUCUGUUUCGUCUACCAGAGAUGCAGCCAAACACUGUGCAUACGUCUUCUGUUGAUGUGGAAACGCUUGUCUCGGCCAUCAAAACACUUUUCUUCCGAAGACUGUACAAAAGAUGCGCCGAUCAGUGUGUCAGGAAUCUCACUGCCUACGGCCACGAGCUACAUCCCGCAUACAAGAUGUUCCUCCUGUAUUUCGCAGGAAUCUCAAAUGACUGCUAUGCCCGCAGCAUGUAUAGUCGCUCGCCGCUGAUUCCGAGCGCCCUCGAUGAAGCAGAAGCCUUCUUCACACAAGCGAGGGACUUGAUAUGCGAGGCCCGCGUCGCCCAGCAUCACUCGUUCCUGCCCCAACCCCAUGAUUACCUCAGUGACGACUCCGAUGACGGUAGCUCUUCCCGUUCGCUGCACAGGUCACGUCACUCAGAAGAUAUCACGUCAAGACCUUCAACAGCCGCCACUUCGGUCUCAGCCUACAGCACUAACACCGAUAUCCUUUUCUACGACUGGGCUGAGGAAUCCGAAGCCAAGGCAGUUGUUUCUCCUCUUAAUGUUCGCAAACACCACGCCCGCCCAGAGACGUCGUCCAAGCUCCCUUCGACUGAGUCUACGUCAUUCGUUUGGCAAUCAGCAACGUCGCUAGACGCUGCGACAACCUCAAGACCGAGUCCCCGGCUGGCUUCAUUCUACCUGCUGAGAUUUCCUCCAAGUGAGCCGCCAUCUGAGCCGGCACCACGUAUUGAACGGGUGGAACAUAUGCUCGCUGAAGAAGAUGUGCCAUUUCCAGACGAGGAUGAAUGUUUCCAUGAGCCGGAUCACGUAGAGAUCUACAAUAGCCAGCUCUUGACUUUCUCCGAUAUGCUCACGAAUCACAUCGCCAGUGUUCGGCGUUUCCGAGAGCAGAUGAAAUUUACCAACUCGCUAACCUUCGUUGCGGCGGGCCGCGAUGGCACUGGCAAGCGCACCAUGUCUAUUCAAGAGCGUGCGGAGCGCAUCAUGCGCGGACGAGAACGGAAUUGGGCGAGACCCCGUUUUGAUUCUAGACGCUAUCAGGAGCUCUGCGAGGUGGCAGAGGCAGAGCUUUGACAUGACGAUUGUUGAACCAAGUGCAGCAGGAAUUGCACUUGAAAGGACGUGGAUGCUUGUUGUGUCCAUUUGGACGAGUUGGAAGAUUCUGAGAAUCAGCUCACGCUCUAGUUAAUUAUGUAUUCAUAUCCUGUAUUGUGAGCGAGCAGCUUAAGUUCAACUCAAUCGUCCACGAUCGCACGUAUGGUGGAUCCCACAUUCGCGAAUUUCACGAAGUGAAUGAGAUGGUUCCUUUCUUGGGAGCAACGCAGGCAAGAUGAUAUAUAUACCCUUGCAGCCAUAGGUUGAACGUAGCACUUCAGAGGCUGUCUGCUCCUAAUGUAAUCAGUG